AUGAUGAAGUUCAAGCAACAAGGGCUUGUCGCGGACUUGAUGCCCAACAUCCAACUGAUGAAAGCUACCGGGCACUUUAUGUUCAAUUACUACACUGAUAACUCCUCGAAGUUCAUACAUAAAGUCUUUUGCUUCGUACACCUGUUUCUGAUCCUCCUGCAGUUCGGAUUAUGCGGUAUAAAUCUGAUGCUGACGAGUGAUGACGUCGACGUACUGACGGCGAACACGAUCACGAUGCUCUUCUUCACGCACAGUGUAGUCAAAGUACUUUAUUUCGCGAUCAGGAGCAAGCUGUUUUACAGAACGCUCGCGAUCUGGAAUAAUCCGAACAGCCAUCCGUUGUUCGCCGAAAGCAACGCCCGUUUCCAUCAGCUGGCGGUGAAGAAGAUGAGAAUAUUGCUAAUGGCUGUUAUGUGCACCACGAUGCUGAGCGUAAUUGCGUGGACCACCAUCACGUUCAUUGGCGAUUCCACGAUGAAAGUCGUCGAUCCUGUCACCAAUGAGACCACAUACGUUGAGGUACCAAGGCUGAUGUUAUACUCUUAUUACCCAUUCGAUCCAAGCCACGGAAUGGCGCACGUUUUGACGCUCAUAUUCCAAUUUUACUUCCUGUUAUUCGCCAUGGCCGAUGCAAAUCUUCUCGACGUGUUAUUCUGCUCGUGGCUCCUCUUUGCUUGCGAGCAAAUCCAACAUCUGAAGGACAUCAUGAAGCCUUUGAUGGAGUUCAGCGCGACACUAGACACCGUUGUGCCAAACAGCGGUGAAUUGUUUAAGGCUAGCAGUCCGUCACAUCCGGCGGAAAGCCAUGAGCCACCGCCAGUAUCGGAUCUUCAAGGUGAUAACAUGCUGGAUAUGGAUCUUCGAGGGAUCUACAACCAGCGACAAGAUUUCACGGCGACCUUCCGACCGACAGCUGGGACGGCGUUCAACGGAACCGUUGGGCCAAACGGUUUGACGAAGAAACAAGAAAUGCUGGUCAGGAGCGCCAUCAAAUAUUGGGUGGAGAGGCACAAGCACACCGUCAGACUGGUUACUGCAGUUGGUGAUGCAUAUGGAAUUGCUUUAUUGCUACACAUGUUGGCCACCACUGUCACAUUAACGCUGCUUGCCUACCAAGCUACAAAAAUCAAUGGCAUUAACGUAUAUUCAGCGUCAGUGAUUGGAUAUUUGCUGUAUACUCUGGGUCAAGUUUUCAUGCUCUGCAUAUUCGGAAAUCGUUUGAUUGAAGAGAGCACAUCUGUGAUGGAGGCCGCUUACUCUUGUCAUUGGUACGACGGUUCAGAGGAGGCGAAAACAUUCGUGCAAAUCGUCUGUCAACAGUGUCAGAAAGCGAUGUCAAUAUCUGGGGCGAAAUUCUUCACGGUGUCCUUAGAUCUUUUCGCUUCGGUGUUGGGAGCCAUGGUCACCUAUUUCAUGGUAUUGGUGCAACUGAAGUAA